CUCUUAUAACCUUCCAUGACUGCAAAGCUUUCCCUUCCUCCUCGUGCCGUAAAUGCGUCUAAAUUCAUUGAAUUGCACUACCUACUCGCGCCUACUUUCUUCCACUUCUCGUCACUCGCUCACUUCCACCGUCACAAUCUUCGCACUAUAUGUACGCUCGGAUGUCCUGUCGAUCCGGUGGCAAAAUUCGAAAAAACAAAGCAGUUAAUGGCUUCGAAGCUUCAGAAAUCGGAGGAGGAAUGGCGAGCGGUGCUGACUCCAGAGCAGUUUCACAUUCUCCGUGAGAAGGGCACCGAGCGUAAAGGCACCGGGCACUACGACAAGUUCUAUGACAACGGUGUGUACAACUGCGCCGGCUGUGGGACACCUCUCUACAAGUCCACAACCAAGUUCAACUCGGGCUGCGGCUGGCCUGCCUUCUUCGAAGGCCUACCAGGUGCCAUCAACCGAUCUCCGGACCCUGAUGGCAGGAGGACUGAGAUCACGUGCACUGCAUGUGGGGGGCACUUGGGGCAUGUGUUCAAAGGCGAGGGCCAUCCGGUGCCUACGGAUGAGAGGCAUUGCGUCAACAGCGUGUCCAUCAAGUUUGUGCCGGCAUCGACCUAAUCGGGUUUCUUCGACAGGUAUGUGAAGAUACCCCACUACAUUGUCAAAAGGUUCUCCCUUAUACGCUUCACUUGGAUCGUUGGAUAUAAUGAAAUUUGUCGCUAAAUUGGUCGGAAAAAAUAAAUGUUUUGAGAUUUUAUUGAUUUCUUGAUCAUAGCGACAAUUGGUCGGAAAAAAUAAAUGUUUUGAGAUUUUAUUGAUUUCUUGAUCAUAUAUAUGGUUGAAAUGUUUCCUAUUCUC